AUGAAGAUGGGGAAUUCUUCAGCUGUGACCGAAUUCUUUCUGGUGGGACUUUCCAAAUACCCAGAGCUCCAGCUUCUCCUGUUGACGCUCUGCCUCAUCAUGUAUGUGAUAAUUCUGCUGGGAAAUAGCCUCCUCAUUGUCAUCAUCAUACUGGAUUCUCACCUCCACACCCCCAUGUACUUCUUCCUCGGGAACCUCUCAUUCUUGGACAUCUGCUACACAUCAUCAUUCAUUCCCCCGAUGCUUAUCGUAUUUAAGUCUGGGAGAAUAUCUAUCUCCUUCAUUUGUUGUGCUCUGCAGAUGGCUCUCUCCCUUGGGUUGGGCACCUCUGAGUGUAUCCUCUUGGCUGUGAUGGCCUAUGAUCGAUAUGUGGCCAUCUGCAACCCACUGAGGUACCCCAUCAUCAUGCACAGGGUGCUCUAUGUGCACAUGGCUGCUUGGUCUUGGAUUAUAGGCUGUCUGACCUCCAUAGUGCAAACAGUCAUAACAAUGAUGUUGCCUUUCUGUAGGAAUAAUGCCAUUGAUCAUAUUACCUCUUUUUCUACCUGUUCUGCCCACCUGACUGUGGUUAUAUUCUGUGGUUCAGCCCUUUUUGUGUACAUGAAGCCCAAGUCAAAGGACACAAACAGUUCCAAUGAGAUCAUUGGACUGACUUAUGGAGUGGUAACCCCAAUGUUGAAUCCCAUCAUCUACAACCUGAGGAAUAAUGAAGUGAAAGAAGCCAUGAAGAAAGUCCUAUGCAGACACUUGAAUUUAUUGAAAUCAUGA